AUAAGGAAUAAGGAUAAGUGGAUAACAGUCCAAAAUCAUAAUUUAAAUACAUAUUUUACUAACUUCUCUAGUUUAUUUUGUAUUAUUAUUAAAAGUAUUUGAUAUUUUAUUUAAUAUCAAAUGUAUAUUGUGUAUUAUUAUGGAGUAGUAUAAGUUAAGAAUAAAAAUGUUCGCUAGAAAAAAAAAAAUUAUACAUACAUUUAAGAAAAUAUUAAAUUUAGCUAAACUUUCAAGGAAUAAGAGCACGAAAAUUAUAGAUAGGUAAUCAGUAAUGUCACAUAUUUUGGGUCAUAUAGAAUUGAAUACUUAAUAGUUCUUUAAUUGUAUUAAUUUUAUAGAUUUAUAUAAACUAUAUAAUCUAUUAAAAAUACAAGUUAGGAACUAAUUACAUUACUAUUUUAAAUUUUAAUCUGUACCUACCUAUUAUAAAGUUAAAAAUACUAAAAUUAUAUUUUAUAAAGUAUUUUAAUUCGCAAACUCAAUAUUUAUUGUAACACGUUAUUGUAAAUAAAACAAUCAUUCUUUGUUCAAGUAAAUGGAAAAGUGUGGUUGGAUUAGAAAUACACGCUCAAAUAUUCAGUGAAUCAAAAUUAUUCAGUGCUGCUGGUACUAAGUUUGAAGCAGCAGUAAAUUCUCAAGUAUCAUUGUUCGAUGCUGCGAUUCCCGGAACUCUUCCUGUGAGUAUUGAUAUAGUUUUAUAUAAAUUAUAUGUUUAUUAUUAUGAAUUAUCAAUGAAAAAGAAAAAUAUUUAAACAUGCAAUUUGAGGUUAAAAUUAAAUAAAUACAAAAUAUAUUUGUUUUCAGAGUUUAAAUGAAAAGUGUGUCGAGGCAGUUGUAUUAACUGCUUUAGUUUUGAAAUGCAAUCUAAACACAAUAUCAUUGUUCGAUAGAAAACACUAUUUUUAUGCAGACAUGCCAGUAAGAAUAUAAUCUAAUAAUUUAUAUAAACUUGUUAUAUUAUGUUAUACAUUAUCUAUUUAAUAUAACUAUUGUAAUAAUAUUUUAUAUUUUUAGGCUGGGUACCAAAUAACUCAACAGUUUAAACCAUUAGCAGUUAAUGGGCAACUCACUUUUCAUGUUAUAGAUCAGGACAUCAACAAAGUUCCCUACAGUAAAACUUCUUUAAUUAAACAAGUUCAAAUAGAACAGGACAGUGGACGUACAAUACAUGAUGAUUCUUCUCAAACGUAAUUUAUUGUCUAUCAUUUUCAUAAUGAUUUCUGUUAUAAUACUAUUAUUUUUCAAAAUAUCUGUUAUAUAUUUAUUUUUUAUAGGUUUGUAGGUUUAAUGAAAGUUAUAUUCAUUUUCUCAACUAAGAAUUUAAUAUGUUUAUGUAACUAAAAAUACAUUUAUUUUUGUAUUUUCAAUUUCAUUCAGCUUAUUUGAGAGUAACUUAUUAUUCAAUUUAAUUGUACUGUUAGAUCACUUAUAGAUUUAAACCGGGCUGGAACGGGUUUAAUGGAACUUGUAUUUGAACCUGAUUUGUGCAAUGGCUUAGAAGCUUCAUCUCUUGUUAAAGAAUUAUUACUUAUAUUUGAACGCAUCAAAACAUGUUCUGGUCGUAUGGAAGGUUAAAUUAUAAUAAAGUCAUAUAAUUAUACAAGUUAAUAAUUGUAAGUAAUUUGUUCAUUAAUUUUAUUAUCAGAGGGUGCUUUAAGAGUGGACGCAAAUGUUUCAAUUACAAACAGUGAUCAUUUGGGCACACGAACUGAAAUAAAAAAUUUAGGUAGUAUAAGAGCUGUUCAGUUAGCAGUUGACUAUGAAAUUCAUCGGCAAUUAAAUAUAUUAAAAGCUGGAAAAGAAGUAGUAAACGAAACAAGAGGUUGGGAUUCUCUUAAUAACAAAACAAUAUCAAUGAGAGACAAAGAAGUUCUGCAAGUUAGUUAUUAUUCAAAAAUUGUAAAAUUAUUUUCUAGUAAUACUUAAUUAUAUUUUAAUAUUUAUUAAUAGGACUAUCGAUUUAUGCCAGAACCAAAUUUAUUACCAAUUAAUUUAAAUUUAUUUGAUAUAAAUAAACUACAAUCAAGUAUACCUGAACUACCAGAUGCAACUCGUAUUAACUUAAUGAGCCAAUACAAAUUAGAUAUAAGAAAAACAUCGAUAUUAAUGGUAACUAAAUUUUAGAAAUAUUCAUGUUAACAUAAUAUAAAUAUAUUGCAUUCAAAUUGUAUAUAGAAUGAACCAGUUUUAUUAUCGAUGUUUUAUGAAAUAAUGAAUAGUAAUACAUUAAGAAAUCCAGCAAGAGUGUGGAACAUAUUAACAAAUGAACUAAUGACAGAACUAAAUAUAAGAUUUAUUAAACCUAGUCAAUGGUAAGAAAUACAUUCCAAGAACUUUUUAUUGUAUAUUUAUGUUAGCAGCAAUGUGUAUAAUUAUGUUUAGGACAAUAAUAGAAUGGAUUUUAUAUAAUGCCUAGGAAUUCUAUAUAUUACCUGGCCAUUUUUAAAAAAGUGAAUAAUAUGUUUUUCUUUUUGUUUUACAAUUCCUAAAUAAUUUAUAUAACAACUAGGAUUUUCAUAAACUGAUAUAUACAAAUUGGCAAUGUGCAGAAUAAGGAAAUCAUUCAACUUUCUUUUUUAUAUUCCAUGUCUUAACGUUUGGUGAGCAUAUUUUAGCACAUCAAAGAUACUAAAUACUGUUAUUAUUAUUUCUAACAGGAUUAAUUAGUUGACUAUUAAAACCAUCAUAUUUUUUUAAGCAGCUGAUUGUCAUGCUGUUUUUCUUUCUUUUGAUUUAGUAUUAGCAACAUCUUUUAUUAAUUAAUAGUAUCUGUCAUCAGUUAAAAAUACACCAUUUUUACAUCAUAUUGUUGCUUCAAUAAUUUUGUAUUAAAAUUAUCUUUCAUAUCACAUAUUUGAUUUUCCAUGCACAAAGCACAACAUUUUAUAGAAAACUGAAAUGUACAAUGUGCAUUUGAAAAUUAAAAAUAAAGAUAGUAGAAUUAUUGACAUCUCUCAAGGGGUGACACUUCAUUCAAAUUAUCAAUUCAAAAACAUCUAUAGAGAUCGGGUAAGCUAGAAAUUGAAAAUAUUUUUAAAAAUUUCCAAUCAUCUAUUUGUGACAUUGUGAUCAUAUUUUAGUGAGCUUCAAUGUUGUUUAGAUACAUUUAAUACAUCACCUGUACAUUAUUUGGCAUUUCAUAUAAUGUCUAACUCAUUUAAAUAAUUUUAUAGAUAUGUCAAUUAUAUUUGACAUUAUAUAGAAUUUCUAAACAUUAUAUAAACGACCAUGAUUAUAUUCAUUGCCACUAAUAUAUAAAUGUGUUAAUUAAAUAACUUAAUAUGAUAUUUAUAUGUUUAGUAAAAUUCCAUCUUAUUUCAUUGGUGAGGUUGUAGAUUUAUUAGAUAAUAACACCUUAAACAUAUCUUAUGCAAAAAAAGUAAUUGCUAAAUUAUUUGAUGAAAGUGAUAAAUCUCCUUCUCAAGUAUGUGUAUUUCUAUACUUCUAUAGAUAGUUCAUACAUUAAAUACAAUUUUAAUUCAAUUUAAAUUUUAUAAACAAUUUAUUUAAAUUUGUAGAUUAUUGAAGAAAAUAAUUGGGAACAAAUUUGUGAUGUUGAAGAAAUAAAUAAAAUUUGCGAAGCAGUUCUGGUCGAGAAUCCCAAGGCUGUCAAAGAUUACCGCAGGGGAAAAGUGCAAGCUUUAAAAUUUUUAACUGGUCAGAUUGCAAAAAAAACAGACCACCGUAUUAACUUUAAUGUGGCUCUUAAAAAAUUAGAAGAAUUAUUAAAUAACUAAUAAAGUCAUAUAUGUGUAGGUAUAUCAUUUUUUUUUUUAUUUUUGUUAAAAUAACUAAACUAAAGUCAUAUUUUGAAAAUUAAAAUGAUGCACACUUCCAAAUGGUUUAAACUAUUGAUGAAUUUCAAUAGUUUGGAUAAACCAUUAAGUAUUAUUAAAUUAUUUAUAUUUGAAAAGCCUAUCAAAUAAAAUUGUUUUGUUACAAUGAAUACUGGAUAGAAAAGUUAAAAUGUAAUUAUUAUUAUUGCCAUAUUACACUAAAGCACUUUUCACAGGAUAAUAACCAUGGUAUCACAUCUACUUUACUAACUAGUAGCUUGUGUAGACAUAAAUCUAUUAUAAUUAAAUUUGAACUAAAUUCUAUUUUAAUAGAAAGGUGUUAUAUAUGAUCAUAUAAGGCAUCAUAUAUGAUGAUGUUAUCAUUUUUUUUUUUAUCACAAAUUAAAAUAAGACAUUUUCAGAGAGUAAUAAUAAUACAAUUUUAAACUUUAACCAUUCUUAGGUACCUUUAUAUUUGUAUAUGGUGU